AUGGCCGAAACCAAGCCCCAAACGCCAGAGCGCGUCCAGGUUGCGAUAUGUGGAGGGGGCAUCGGCGGUCUUACCAUGGCCGCCAUCCUUCGCCGUCUCGAUAUCUCCUAUGUCGUUCUCGAACGAUAUGCGGAGAUAACUCCUCAGGGAGCCGGAAUAUCACUUGCCCCUAACUGUCUCCGUGCUUUAGACCAACUCGGUAUCUUCGAAAAGUUGGCUAAACAUUCACAGGAAUUGCAUGAAGUCCACAUUUACAGAAACAACGAGUUUUGGGGCUCUCAGCGGUUUGGAAUGACCAAGGAGGCGUUCGGAUACUAUGUGCAUAAGAUGGAGAGACAUCAAUUCCACUACUUGCUACUCGAGGCCGCAGGAGGUAACGAUGUUGUCCGCUUGGGCUUUAACGUGAACGACAUUGUCGACGAAGCAGACGCACCCUAUGCCGUUGUCAAGGCCGAAGACGGUCGUGUGGUUCAUGCCGAUAUCAUUGUCGGGGCCGAUGGAAUCCGAAGUUAUACUCGUCGAGUGUUAGCUGAGAAGAUUGGAAUGAAGGCGACGAACACUAUUCGCUUCACUGGCAGAGUCCACAUGUCCGGAUACACCAAGCCUUUGACACAUUUGACCACCAAGGACGAGGGAGUCGCGCAUUGGUUACUGUAUGAUGACGCGAUUCUCACAACCUGGCCAUGCAAGGACAACAGGCAGUGGUAUAUCGGUGUUGCGGGAGCGAGACUAAAGCCAGGCGAGGUGCCCGAUCGGUCAGUGUGGAAGGGAGCCACUAAGGACACAGUGAAUGAGGUAUAUGGAGAACGGUUCCAUCCAUUCGGCAAAGAAUCUAAGAUGAAGACAAUCGUCGAUGCUUCAGAGCGUGUUACCGCCGCCAAUGUCUUCCAAGAACUCGAAGUUCCUGAAAUGGUGAAAGGAAGAAUCGUUCUCGUUGGUGAUGCCGCUCAUUCGAUGACUUCAUUUUUCGGCCAGGGCGGAUGUCAAGCCAUUGAAGAUGCCGUGGAGCUCGGCAAUGCUCUGCACGAACACUUCCAUCUCAACGACCCAACCGCCUUCGACAGAUAUUCUGAAAUCCGUCAGAAGAGAGCAAAUGACCUUAUUCAAUUCUCUGAGAACUUCGCAAAAGUGCAUACCGCGAGACUUCCAUACGGGCUUGGGCCAUUUGUGCGGAAAGUGCUUUAUAAAUACCUCCCUACCAGCGUUUGGGUGUGGUAUUUCACCUGGCUAUUCAACUACCAGCCAACUAUCAAAUACCCUUUGUUGGACAUUCCUGCCGGUCAGGCUGCUUCAGCAAAGUGA